AUGGCUGACGUCUUUGUUCGAAGAUGCUGUCGAGGACCCUUUGGCGUUGCGAGGUCGAUAUUCCUUGGUAGUAAGGACGGUCCUUGGUUCGUUGGUGUGGAAAAGCUUCGCGUUGUUCCCGAAGGGCCGGUGGCGGUCGAGGGUCUACAGGGUGCUUUCGCCUGGUAUAGAUUCGAAGUUCUCAAGAUGAGUGUGCUGGCAUUUGAACCGAUCUUUGUUGGUGGGGGAAUGCAUGGUUUUCCAAUGCUGGAUCUUGAGCUCGUAGCAGAGUGCGAGGAGAUUGGCGGUGGUUUCGGGAAGUUUGUUUUCGAGCCUGGGGUUGCAGUCGCAGUGAAGCAUUGGUCUGCCUCAAUAGCGCUGGUCGAUGAUGCGCCCUGA